UUGGGUUUGAAUUUCCUCGGUGCAAAAGAGGAUCCCGGCAAGGAGAGGUGGGCGUUUAUCGGAAGGAGGUCUCAGCUGAAGUAAAGAAAACCCAGCUGGUCUCCAAGCAACUUACAACAUUGUUAAAACCAAAAAUAAAUAUACCAUACAAUAAAAACAAUAUAAUAAAACAAACACUACAGCCAGAGAAAGCUUUGGCAGCACGCUAAUACAAACAACAUCAUGUCAGGCUCUCAGAUAUCUGGGAAAAAAGAUAAGUCUUUACCUGGCACGGAAAAUAUGUCAAUGAAGGCGCCAGGCAGACCUCACUGAGGAGCGCAUUCCACAGACGGGGAGCAACAACGGAAAAAGCCUUAUUUGUGUUCAUUUUCUCUAAUUUCUGCUUGCAUCUCUUUUUCUGCCCAGCAAGAAACUCCGUCGUACCAAUCUAGGCCGCUGUGAUUACUGAGGUUUAUCCUGUUGAUUCUGGAACUUUCUAGAUCGUGAAGUUAUUUCUGAGGGGGUGCCUCAGGAAUGAAAAUGGAGGAGAAGGAAUCCAGCAACUCCACAUUAGGGGAGGAGAUAAUGGGAACAGGGAAAACCCUUUCUGUCCUCCAAGCUGGGAGUCUCAAGGGAAUAUUGGAAAAGUCGCCAGGAGAUCAAGUCAAGCAGGAAUCAGAUGGGGGGUCACUUGAGCGGUGGGAAGUCCAGUUGCAGGAAUUUCUGAAGACAGUGGAAUCCCCUCACUCAGAAUGGGGAGCCGCACAAUUGCCGGAGAAGCCCAGGCCAUGGGAUGACACAAAAGCCUUCCUGGCCUCCUUUGAGCAAGUAGCCGAAGCCUGCCAGUGGCCCAGGGAAGAGUGGGCGGCCCGACUCUUACCUGCCCUCAGAGGAGAAGCUGAGCGGGCCUUUAGCAGGCUGGGGGCCAGAGACAGAGAGGAUUAUGGGAAAGUGAAGGCGGCCAUCUUGCGAGGGGAUGCCUUGAGGAGGGAAAUGCAGCGUCAGCACUUCAGGCGCUUCUGCUACCGGGAGGCGGAAGGACCGAGAGGGGCUUAUGGCCAGCUGCAGGAACUUUGCUCUCAAUGGCUGAAAGUUGAGAAACACUCCAAGGAGCAGAUCCUGGAGCUGCUGAUCUUGGAGCAGCUCCUAACUGUCUUGCCGCCAGAGAUCCAGAGCAGGGUGAGGGAAUGUGGCCCUGAGACCUGUGCCCAGGCGGUGACCCUGGCUGAAGAUUUCCUGCAGUUGCAACAGGACGCCGAGAGAAAGGAAAAACAGAUGCCAGCACCAUUUGAGGAACAGGCAGCGGUGAGUUUCUCUGCAGCGGAGCGGGGCCUGUCUGACACUGACCAGAGGCCACUAAGCACGGACAUUAAACAGGAAAGAGAUGAAGAAGAAGCCAGUUUGCUUGCAGGUGAAGAACGGAUGAGCGUUGACAGGGAGGCAAAAAACUCACCAGAAGAUUCAGUGCGUGCAGGACUUUAUGGAACCCCCGCAGUGAGAAGACAAGAUGAAGAUGACAAUGCGGGUCGGCACAGACCAGAGUGUCAGACACCAAGCCACUCAGGGGGGAGAGAAGAUGAUUCUGUUACUGGUGUGGGUAAUGACAAGGACCUCAGAAAAAACACCACUUGCCAAAGAAUCCACACUGGUAAGAGACAAAGCCCGUACAACGUUGGCAGGAAAAGUUUCAGUCUAAGCUCAGGCCUUGAUAAACAUAAGAAAACCCACGCGACUGAAAAUCCACACAAAUGUUUGGCAUGUGGAAAGUGCUUUGUUUACAGCUCAAAUCUUGUCCAGCACCAGAGAACUCACACCGGGGAGAAGCCCUUCGAGUGCUCUGUCUGUGGGAAAAGAUUCAGCACCAACUCAGACUGCAGCCGUCACGAACGAAUCCACACGGGGGAGAAGCCGUAUAAGUGCUCAGAGUGCGGGAAAAGGUUUCGGCUCGCUUCAGAUCUCUCUCGUCAUCGGAGGAUCCACACUGGGGAGAAGCUUUAUGAAUGUUUGGACUGCAAGAAAAGGUUCACUCAGAAGGCGAACCUUGAUACUCAUUGUAGGAAGAUCCACACAGGCAACAAACCGUAUCGACGUUCACAAAAGCACCUGAUGGGUUUCAGUGAAAGCUGAUCUCAACUGCACGUCCCUUCAAAGCUCACAGCCCUAAUUUGAAUGGGCUAGUUCAUCCGAAACAAACGUGCUUGGGUCUUUAGGUCUUCUGUAGAGGUCCUGCAGUGGAUGGGGCCUUUGCUGUGGUGGCACCCAGGCAACCAGAACACCCUCUCCUGCAAUCAUAUUAAUUUGGCACCUACGCUGUUUCCUUUUAAGUACACGUUAAAAUCUCCUUUUUUUAAAAAAAAUCACCCAAGUCCUUAAGGGGGGAAGCUGGUCCAUUAGGGCAAGUGGGGCAUCAACCUCAGUCUGUCCUGAGCCUGCCCCUUCCCUGCUGUAUCUUCUUAUUUACAUGCAGUCCAGGGGGUCACCAUACCUGUCAGCUUCUUCUUCCUCUUCCUUAGUCUCAUUGUAGCCCCAGAACUAGAAUUAGUUGACCCCUCCUGACACUGGCCACCUACAGUUGGGCUCCCUGCUUUCUGCCCUACCAGUCCCAAUGGGCAGCAGUCACUGCUGCUAUUAACAGUAUUUAAUUUUGUAGAUUCCCGACUAUAACCACAAGUUCCAUUUAUCUGCUGUUUUUAUUAGCUGUUUUGUCAUUGUUUCUGUAUAUAUGAAUUCUGUUUGUAAUUAUUUGAGAGCUGUCAAUCAGACGUUUUGUUCCUUUGUUUGA